GCAACGGACGCGUCGACGCUUGGCUGCCGCCAAACUCCCAUUAACAAUACGGAGAAAAAUAUUUUCGUGUUUGUGCCUGUCGCUUGUCGCCUGUCGCUGUCUUCUUUUUGAUGUGUUGUGGGCGUGUUGUUGUUGUUGUGCACUUCCGCGUCGAAACUCUUUUGCAUUUUACAACUGCACUUGUUGCGAACAGCAGUGGGAGGAGGAGGUGGUAAAGUGAAGUAGAACUCGCCUUACUUUCGCGCCAUCUCGCUCUCGCUUCGGUUGACAACGUCGCGCAGUCGCCGCGCGCUGUUUUCACUUUUUUUCUGUUCUUGUUCUUGUUGCUGUUGUCAUUGUUAUUGUCGGUGUAUUUCGGAUUUUCAUUAUUGUUUUACAAUGGCCUCCUGGCCGCGUCGCAAUAAACACGCAUCGAGGGUAGCUUAAAGCAAGUGCAUAUAAAAGCAUAAUUGCCGCCAGCCUUUGGCUUAAUGUGUGACAGGAACUUAGCCGCGAAGGUUCCUCAACCAAAAUAAAUAAAAAUUAAAAAAAUAAAAAUAAAAUAUCUCUCUCAAAAGGAAACACAAUUAAUUUCAAUUUUCGCAAAAGGUGUAAAUAAAUCAUUUCCUGCUGCAAGCAAACGCACCUAAAACAGUUGGCCUUCGUCUACAUUCUAUUUGAUUUCUACGUUGUGGAGUGAAGUGAAAUGAAUGCCACCUCGCCAAAGUCGUCGCUGGUCAAGCUGGGCCUGCAUACCAAUAAACAAAAGACACUGAAGGUCAUGGUGCUCGGCCAGAGCGGAGUGGGAAAAACGGCCAUGGUGGUGCGUUUUAUCACCCGCCGUUUUAUUGGAGAAUAUGAUCCAAAUCUAGAGAAAAUCUAUACCUGCCAAACAACGUUGGACAAUGAGGCGAUACAGUUCGAUAUACUGGAUGCCACCGGUCAGCUGCAUGAACUGGAUGGAGUUAGUCUGGAGUCGAACAUACGCUGGGCGGAUGCAUUUAUACUCGUUUACUCCAUCACAGACAAGUGCUCCUUUGACGAGUGCAGUCGACUGAAGUUCCUCAUCAACUACAACAAACGUCGACGCAAAUUGGGUUCCACCAGCAAGGAUUAUGCCUUGGACAUACCCGUCAUACUGGUGGGCAACAAGACAGAUCAGACGGGAGAUCGAAUGGUCAAUUUGGAGGAGGGACAACGUCGGUUUCGUGAGCUAUCCUGCGCCUGCUUUCAUGAGAUAUCCGUUAGGGAGAGUGUUGAUCAGGUGCAGAACGUAUUUCGCGAUGUGUUCCGCUUCUGGCGUGUGUUCAGCAAAUUCCCCAAGCUCAAACGUUCCACCAGUGAUGUGGCAAAUGCCGCAGAUGGUAUCCUGACGCCUCCUGAUUCUGGUUCAUGUUCCUUCUACGACACAACGUCGCUGGCCGUGACGCGUCGCUCGUUCCUUCUCAUUGGCAGUGCCUGCCAGGAGGAAGGCAGCGUCCACGGCGAUCACACCGAGUCCACGGACGACAUCGCGAGCAGCAGUUUGGGCAGCUCACGAAGCGACAUCGAUGCUCCGUUCCGGAAUCGCGCCUCCACCGAUGGCACGCUGUUGUCGAGACCGAGACGUUGGCGCUAUCCGCCGCCUGGUUGCCUCUUGCCGCACACGAAUCGAGUAGAGCGGCGCAUGAGCAUCUCGACGAGGGGCAGCAACGCCAGCUACUGACCGCUAGAUGGCGCUGUUCCCAUAUUUAGUUAGUUCAAUUGUUCCGCCAAAUAUAUUUAUAGCUAAAUGU